AAGGAAAAAAAACGAAUCAUCAUAAUAAAAACAGUAAAGAAUCUCUCCAUCAUCAAGAAAGUAAAUUGAAAAUCACGUUACAUACAAAUUGUAGCAAAAUUAGGUCAAACUCGGUUGUGUGGUGCAGACGACGACGGCGGCGGCAGCUAUGGCGGACGAACGAGUUGAGUUGAGGCUGUACAAUUCGAUGACUAGAGAGAAGGACAUCUUCAACACCAAAGUACCUGGCGAGGUUUCCAUGUAUGUCUGUGGAAUCACUGCCUAUGACUACAGUCAUCUCGGUCACGCACGUGCUGCCGUUUCUUUCGAUAUCCUCUAUAGGUACCUUAAACAUUUGGGCUAUGAGGUGACAUAUGUGCGGAAUUUUACUGAUGUUGAUGACAAGAUAAUUAACCGAGCCAAUGAGACUGGUGAGGAUCCCUUGGCGUUAAGCAACCGUUUUUGCGAUGAAUAUAAUGUGGAUAUGUCGGAUCUUCUGUGUGAGAGACCGUCUAAGGAGCCCCGUGUUUCUGAACACAUUGAUGAGAUAAAGGACAUGAUUACGAAGAUUAUCGACAAUGACUAUGCAUAUGUGGUUGACGGAGAUGUUUUCUAUUCUGUUGAAAAAUUCCCAAACUAUGGCAUGCUGUCGGGGCAAAGGGUAGAAAAUAAUAGAGCCGGUGAACGAGUUGCUGUUGACUCGAGAAAGCGUCACCCAGCUGAUUUUGCUUUGUGGAAGACUGCUAAGCCUGGUGAGGUCAGCUGGGACAGUCCGUGGGGUCCUGGAAGGCCUGGAUGGCACAUUGAAUGCAGUGCAAUGAGUGCUUGUUAUUUAUCUCAUAAAUUUGAUAUUCAUGGUGGUGGAAUGGAUUUGAUCUUUCCUCAUCAUGAAAAUGAGAUUGCACAAAGCUGGGCUGCAGACAACGAGAGUCAUAUCAGUUAUUGGUUGCACAAUGGGCAUGUGACCACUAACAAUGAGAAGAUGUCGAAAUCCUUGGGCAAUUUUUUCACUAUUCGCCAGAUCACUGAGCGUUACCAUCCACUUGCUUUGAGACACUUCUUGAUUAGUGCUCAUUACAGAUCUCCGCUAAAUUACUCCAUCGCACAGCUGGAGACUUCAUCUGAUGCUGUUUAUUAUAUAUUUCAGACUCUUGAAGAUUGUAAAGAUGCUCUGUCAUCAUUUCUACAAGAGGACUCUGAGAAGAAAGAAAAGGCGCCUCAAAUUAAUGAUGCUGCCAAGGAGUGUAUUAAGAAGUUGAAUGUCGAGUUUCAAACAAAAAUGUCAGAUGACUUGCAGACACCAGUAAUACUAACCGGUGCUCUCCAAGAGGCCUUGAAAUUUGUGAACAGUUCUUCGAAGAUGCUGAAGAAAAAGAUGCAGAAAAAAACACAAUUGCAAUUGGUUCAAUCCCUAUUGGAAGUUGAGAAAGAAGUUAGAAAAGUUUUGAAUGUACUAGGAUUAUUGUCCUCUUUGUCCUAUGCCGAGGUUCUGCAGCAGUUCAAAGAAAAGGCGUUGAAGAGAGCAGGUUUGACAGAAGAUGAAGUGCUAAAUCUGAUUGAAGAAAGAAGGCAAGCUAGGAUUAAUAAGGAUUUUGCCAAGAGUGAUGAAGUUAGAACUGGUUUAACUGCAAAGGGUAUUGCACUUAUGGAUGUCGGCAACGAAACAAUUUGGAGGCCAUGCAUCCCAAGUGAACCAACUGCUGCACAAGCUGUUCAGACAGACAACAAGGCACCCAAAGUUGAGGAAAAAUUGUCGACACUUGCAGUGAGUGAAAAUGUGGAGGAAAUACCCGCGGAUCGCGAAGGGAAUGGUCCACAUGCACCAUCAACAUAAAGGUGGCACUGAUAUCCCUCUAUAGCUAUAUGAUUUAACACAGAACUAUGUUAUAAUUUAUUCAAUGAUUUAACACAAUGCUUCAAGAUUGUAUAUCAAUUUGAGGUUAUCACCAAUUGUACACUUUUUAGGUGUUUUUAAGGUCUUGCCAUAGGGUUUAGUUUUACUGGCUGUGAGAGUUACACGAAUAGAGUCUCACAAAGUGAUUGAUAAUUUUUGUUUAAAAAUAUUAUUUAAAGUUUUGCUAUAGACACAUAGAAGCUGGAGCAUUGUUCUAAAA